CUUCAUCCAGAAUCAAAAGUUAGUUUAAAUGUCACAAGAGAAGACUUAAAACAUCUCAAGUCGUGUACUAGCACGCAAACUAAAUUCAGAUGCUUCUUUCAAUUAUAUUAUCAUAAUGACAUCAUUCAGAGCGCUAGUGUGAGCUCAUUAAACCAGAAGAGUGGGAUCAACAGGUAAACAAGGUUUUAGGAACAAACACCGCACACACACCAUGCAGGUGGAGCGAUGACGGCUGCAUUCCACCUGUGGGAGGUCCUGUUGUUCUGCAGGAACUGUGGGAAAAGAAAUGAGUCAUCAUUGGUGUAGUUUCAUCAGUUUCUUUUAAAACUUACAAGAUACCAGUCAUGGAAAAUAACAAAGGUCUUUGAACUGGGAAAAAACCUAAUUUUAAACAUUUUGCACAACACAUUUGUGGCUCUGCAGGUUUUGGUGUAAAAACAUGAAUGUUUGGAAAUGGGCUUAAACGUACUCAGAGAUGUCGAGGCCUUUAGGAAUGAGAUUUGAGUUUAUUGCAGUUGAAGAGGAAUGCUGCAAAAACGGUUUCAAAAGAGCUUUAUUAUAAGGCGUACACCUUAAAACAGCUAAAGACAACACUGGAAGACCAUUGCUACUCUCCUGCAGCUUUCUCUGCUACAGCACAUCGCCUCUUGUUCAUCAUAGCUUGGAUGGUCAAGUGGUUGGAAGAUUCUCUAGUCAGAUACUAAAUUUGUUGCCUGACGUUCAUCAGAGGCCACUUAAACAGAUUUCUGUCUGACAGCUCUAACUCAACAUGGAAGUGAAAAAAAAGGCCUUUUUCGAGAACUUGCGUAUAAAAACCAAGUUUCCCCCCAUGAAGAAGCGUAAGAAGCUACUUGCUAAGCAGCCAAGAAAUUUGGCCAAUCGACGCAGCGUUUCCGUACCUGACCUGACGCGUUUGUCGAGUGAAGCCGACUCCACAGAUGGCACCUUGCCACCCACUCCUUCUGCAGCCAUCUACUUUAAUACCUCUUCUGGCAUGAGUGAUACCGAUUCCAUCGCCAGUGGCUCCACGUGUGACGGACGACUCUUUGAUGACAAACUCUUCGAUGAUGUUACAAUCAAAGUUCCCCAGAUGAACAACUUGGGUGCACGUGGGAACCGACUGAGUGCUCCAGAAGGAUUUUUGAAUGAAGAUCUAAACAAUGUGAAAAGUCUUGGAAAAAAGGGGAACUCCACUCAAGAGGGCCUCAAUGUGCAGGCGGAUAAAAAGGCCAAGAAAAAUGUGCCAAUCUUCUCUUUUCCUGAACCAGAACACGAGGGUGACGACAGAGUGAGUCUAUCUAGUUAUGACACUCCAACAGACAGGAGGCGCUCCGAGUCUGUCGCUGCUUUCCUGCUCCGAGCACAGUCGCUGGGGGAGGACAAGCGCCCUCAGGUAGAAAAAAGGACACUACCUGAAAAAGGGAUGGCACAAACAAACAAUAAGAGUGACUCUGCAGAGAAGACUUCAAUGUUGGAUGUUUCUUUUGAUGGUUCAGAUGCAACAUCCCACACUUCUGCAUGUGACAUUGUCAUGGAUGAACAUACCAACCUGGAAGAUGAACUACUGGAACAUGAUAACACUUCUUUGAUGACUAAUUUGAUGAAAGAUUACUCCAUAGAGGAGGGAGAGCCAGAUGAAUCUAUAGAGGAGAAUUCUGCUGAAGUAUUCGAAGGCGAUGAGCUUGAAGACAACGACGAGCUCGUGGAGAAUUCUGAUACUUCAACAGGCCCAAGCCCUGAUCCUCUGGUACCUUCCCCGCUCCAGAGGUUCCUCCUCACCAUCAACCUAAGAGAAGGAAAGAACCUGGUCGUCAGAGACAGGCGAUCUGGUACGAGUGAUCCAUAUGUGAAGUUUAAACUUGAAGGAAAACAGUUUUAUAAAAGCAAAGUGGUUCCAAAAAACUUGAACCCUAAAUGGAACGAGUCCUUCUCUCAUCCACUUCGGGAAAGGGAUCAGAUCGUGGAACUUCGGGUCUACGAUAAAAACCUCACCUCUGAUGACUUCAUGGGUUCUUGCACAAUUUCUCUGGGCCAUCUUGAGUUGCAAAAACUACACGAGUUGGAGUUGCCUCUCGAUGAUCCAAAAAGUAAAGAGCAGGACAUGGGAGUUAUCGUCCUUUCGGUCCGCUUAUUGUUCAGAGAUGCCACCGUCAAAAGGCCCCCUAGAUUUCGCCCAAAAAAGAACAAGAACCAGAACCAGAGCCCAGCGACACCACGCUCGGCUGACACGCAGAAGAACCAACUGAAGAACCAGACCUGGUCGAGUGUGCUUCACAUCACUUUAGUGGAGGGACAGGACCUGCCGCAGCAUGGCCAGGGGGACGUCUACGUGCGCUUUCGCCUUGGUGAUCAGAAGUACAAGAGCAAGAACCUCUGCAUUCAGGCGAAUCCCCAGUGGAGAGAGCAGUUUGACUUCAAUCAAUUUGAAGAUAACCAGGAGCCUCUGCAGGUGGAGGUGUUCUCAAAGAGAGGGCGGAAAGGGGAGGAAUCGUGGGGGGCCUUUGAGGUUGAUGUAUCGAGGCUCCCUGUAAAUGAGAGGCAGCUCUGCACUAAUGUGUUGGAUCCAGGAAAAGGAAAACUGGUUGUUCUGGUCACCCAGACACCCUGCUGGGGAGUCUCCAUCACCGACACUGAAAACGCAACGCUGGGAAACCAGGAUGAGAGAGACUCAGUGACAGACAGUUUUAGUUUAAAAAACUCUCACAAGUGUUUACGGGAAGUCGGUUUCCUUCAGGUCAGCGUGUUGAAAGCAAACGAUCUUCCAGCGACAGACAUCAACGGAAAAAGCAACCCCUACUGUGUCGUCGAGCUCGGGAACUGCAAACUUCAUACUCACACAGUUUUCAAAACCGUCAAUCCAGAGUGGAACAAAACCUUUACAUUCCCGAUUAAGGACAUCCAUGAUGUGGUGGAGCUGACCGUUCUUGACGAAAAUGGAGAUAACUUCUUGGGGAAAGUGGCUAUCCCUUUGCUGACAAUUAAGAAUGGUCAGCUGAUCAGUCUGUUCUUGAAGAAAGAAGACCUGGGAAGAACUGCUUCUAAAGGAACCAUCACACUUGUAAUGGAGGUCAUCUAUAACAAAGUCAGAGCUGGCCUCAGAACCUUCAAACCUAAAGAGGCGAAAUUAGUGGAAGAAAACCUGAAGUUCAACAAAAAGAUUCUUGCCAGGAAUAUAUAUCGGGUCCGAAAAAUCAGCACAGCAAUUCUGUACACGUUACAGUACAUUAGAAGCUGUUUUCAGUGGGAGAGCACGCGGCGGAGUCUAAUAACCUUUCUGAUCUUCCUCGUGACAGUGUGGCACUGGGAGCUCUUCAUGCUUCCCCUCUUCCUGCUUCUGCUCCUUUUCUGGAACUACUUCCAGAUUCCUGCAAAGUCCAACUCCACCCAGGAUCUGGUGAACAUGCCCAUGGGUGACGAUGAAGACGACGACGAAAAGGAAGCUGGAAAAAAGGGUUUGAUGGAUAAGAUACAUAUGGUACAGGAAGUGGUGCUGACUGUUCAGAAUGUUUUGGAAGAAAUCGCAGACAUCGGAGAGCGAAUCAAGAAUGUGUUCAACUGGUCUGUACCGUUCAUGUCCUACUUGGCCUGCUUGGUGCUGUUUGCAGCAGCAACAUUGCUAUAUUUCAUCCCGCUGCGAUACAUCGUGUUGGUUUGGGGCAUUAACAAAUUCACCAAGAAACUGCGCAACCCAUAUUCUGUUGACAAUAAUGAAAUACUAAAUUUCCUCCAGAGGGUGCCUUCUGAUAUUCAAAAGGUGCAGUACAGUGCGCUGAGAGCACCCACUGCCCAGAACCAGCCGAGGAAGAGGAAGUGAGCUCCGUAGAUGCUCUGGAUGAAAGGCUGGGAUAUUUUUUUCCUUUUAUUUUGUAUAUAUUUUUUAAAUGCAGUGCAUUGCAGUCCACCUGACAACAGUGCUCCAGCACCAGCCGAACCCGUGACCCUCUAUACCCCACCACACCACCCUAACUCUGCCCCCUGCUGCUGAGGGGGCAGCCAGCCGCUCUCUGCCUUGUGUGUUUGCCACCCCCCCUGACAGGGGCUGUGAACUGCAGCGGCUAGGAGGGCAGCACAUGGCGCUGUCAAUCACGAGCCUGGAGGUAAAGAAAAGAGCAUUGCAAGACUCAAGCCUUCGUCUUUGGAUGUAAUUUAGAGAAGAAAUGAAAGGCGCCGGGUUCGGCUUACCUCAGACCUCCACUGUUUUGCUUUAUUCUUCUUACUUUGGUGUAACUGAGAAAUUUACCUCGAGGUAAAGAUAAUACAAGCUUACCUAACAGCUGCACAGUUCUUCAUCACUAAUAAAGUUUCGCAUGAUUUGUUAAACAUUUAAUGUGUUUGAACGUAGUACUGAAAUAUGCCGUGUUUUAUGGUUUAUUGUAUAAAUUAUUGAUGCCAGUUUUCUUAAUUCCACCUGAUUUGACAGAUAUAUUCACAAUCUGAGUUUCAUAGUAAUUCCAGCUGCCUGUUCCCCAGUAUAUCAUGUGGCAUUUGAGGUUAAAAUCAUCAGAAUUGUUUUUUUUAUCAAAUGGAAAGAUUACAGAAUCCUGAAUAAAGAAUUUCGAUCAAAUUGA